AUGUGUUCAUGGAGUAUAUUCACUCUGAUAUUAUGCUGGGGCAUUGUUUUGAUGUCUUCGAAGCCACUUAAUGACUCGCAUAAAACCGGGAAAAUAAACCCCUUGAAUAAAACCGAAAUCAAUAGAAUAUUGAACGAACUAAAGUUUCUAGAGAAAAUGGCAAAUGAAACACUGUACACUAAUGGCACUUAUCUCAGCACAAGUCCAACUCUCAAGGAUAUAGGUGAUGACGAAACCAAAGAUCCAACUACCGAUGAAGAAAGUCAACAUCCAACUGCUGAGGAAUUAAUCGAUCCUUCGAAAAUAAAUCUUGAAGAAGGAGAGUUUAUUGAAGAGGAAGACGAUGAGGAGGAAGAUGAAGCUACUUUGGAUAAGCCCACAGAACAGAUUCCCACCAUGUUUCUCAAAUAUCCUUAUCACGAACCGGACUUUAAGCCAUAUCCUCGGUAUGCUAUCCUUCGAAACGGCUAUGUACAUCACAUGAACCUAAACUUUUAGUGCAAUUACUUACAAAAUAAAACACUACGUGUACUUUAAGAUAAAGUGACUCUAUUUCGUCAGAUGGGGAAAUUCCGAAGUGGGAUAAGUUUGAACAGUU